AUGAACCAAUCAGAACUAGACACCAUAAAGUCGAAAAUACAAGAUCACUUAAUAACAUCUGGUCAUUAUGAUACUAUAAAUAAACAGUUGAAAUUGCAGUUAUAUGAAUCAGGUUGGUUUGACAAAGUGUCACAAAUAGCAAAUACUGAACUUAAAGAUAAUCCUCAAAUAAACUUCGAUCUGUUAUAUAGUUUUGUUAAACCAAAGGCUACUGAAUUGGUUCCUGGUGAAGUUAAGCAUGAGGUUCUAGAAAGGAUAAAGGCUUAUUUGGAUGAAAUUAUUCAAUAA